UAACGCACAUUUCCUCCUGCCGACAAGCAUUCCCAGGAAAACAUCCUGGAUGCGCUGAGCGGCGUAUUAGUGGAAUACAACGAAUCGGACAGAACUCGGACACCGCGCUGAAACAGAUUAGAACCAAAUACAAGCAAAAUACUGAAGAUUUCUGAUGGCUGAAUGUAGGAUUUUUGUCUGAGAAAAUGCUGUCUGUGAUUUUUCAACAUCAUCCGUCUUCCAGCUGUAAUUCACAUUUCGAGUUAUAGAGCGCAGACCUUCGCCAUACUAACUUUUGAUUAUACAGGACAUUAGGGAAAGUGUUGAAUUUAAAACAUUAUGUCGCCGUAUUGUUUUACAUUGGCUCUUAUUGCUAUUGCGCAGCAGGUCGGCGGAGAACCGCGUCCAUCCUCAGCAACGCAGCUGAAUUCAACAUUAUCGCCUCCAGAGGAAUAUUCAUUACAUAAUGCUACAGACGCAAAUGUUGGAUCUCGCAUUUCUAGCAUUUUAAGGGAUCUUCCUACCAUCAAAGCAAUUUCGAUUUCCAUCUGUGUAAUAACAGUCUUGCUUAUCACGUGCCUCGUCAUAAAAAUAUACAGAUCUGGUAAGAAAGUCAGAAAAACUCGGAAAUAUGACAUAAUCACGACCCCCGCCGAGCGCGUGGAAAUGGCACCUUUAAAUGAAGAAAAUGACGACGAUGACGACUCAACACUGUUCGACGUCAAAUACAGGUGAAUUAGGCUACAUUGUGCAUCCAGAGUCAUCGCUGAAGAUCCCUUUUAGGAUACCCCUGCAUGAGCACAUAAGUAGCCUACAAGGAUCGUGUUCCCUGCAUCUUUGAUUUUAUAUUUUCCCAGCAGCCCACAACAUAACCUCCAAUGGAAUCAUCUGACAAAUUAUAUCCAACAUUUAUUGGUGUAUUAAUCUGUCCUAUCAGACAUGUCAACAUGAAAUCUGAUUUUUUUUCCUUGUUCCUUUGCGAUAAUCCAUUCCCUAAAUGCUCAAAUUACAGUCUUUAUUUCCAUUGUUUUGUAAAAAGGAUUAUUCAAAAUGUCAGGCAGCUUAUACACAUUAUGUAUGUUUUAUCAAAGCUGAAAUUCAAGGUUGAUUUUAUGUGUUUUUGACAAGAUUUAGAUGUGCUUAAAUCAACUGGAAAGUUUUACAAAGACUAGAUCAUAGGACCCAUACAUGAUCGAGGUGUUUGUCUCAUGGAUAGGAUCUGAUUAUAGACAAUGUUAAAUGUGUGUUCCAAUACUGAAAAAUGGUCUUUAUUCUAUUAUGUGUAUAUAUUGUAUGCAAAUUAUUCAUCCGAAAUUGUUUAUUUUUAGAAAACAAAUCUUAUUUUGAUUUAAUAAGAGUUAUGUAUUACAAACCUCUAUAUUUUGAGAAUAUGUAUCUACUACCACUAAUUGUGCAACACUGUAAGAGUUGAAUGUAUGUUUGAGAGAAGUGGGGUUGGAAGAUUAUUGUUGCCAUAUUGCUGCUCUCUGAGGUUGGAUAUGCACACCCCUGUUUUUUAAGAUGAACUAUUUAACAGUGGAAAACUGCUGCACCACAUGACAUGAAGGGUUAAAACAUGUAUUAUGUUGUUAUCAUGUGAAAUGCACCAGAUUUAGAAUUGUAUUGUGCUUGGAACAGCACUUUUAAAACGUCUUAAAAGUGACAUCAUAAUAUUGAUGUAUAGGUUUAUAUAUAUGACCAUAUACAAGUUGCUCCUAUAUAAAUGAGUUAUGUCUUAGAUCUUAGGGCCAAAAAGAAUAUUUAAUGAAUUCCCAUUUGUUUAUGUAGAUAUUCUUGACUGAGUAGAACCUAUACUGGAUUAAGAAUUGAAUAUGUUUAACACGGUUGGUGAAUAUAUUUCUCGCAAGUAUAAAAUGAUACAAUGUAAUUUUACACUGUUCCAAUUUGAAGGAGGUAUUGAAAAUAAGCUUGACAAGUUUAAAGGCUUAUGAUUUUUGUAGUGGCUGUAAAGCAGCACUCUAAAGAAGUUGUUUGUUGGACGGUUGCAAUAAUAGAAAAUUUUAAUUAAUUUAUAUUGCAUAAACCUUCUUGUGUUUGACAUGUUUGCUAUACACUGGACAAUUUUCUUUCUAAAGACAUAUGUAUCUUUGUAUGAGCUAAUUGUAAACCUUUAAGUGCUUUAAACCUUUAAAUGUUAUGUACUUUUUCAAGAUUUAUGAUUAGCACAAAAUAAAUGCAUUAAUAAAUACAAAUUUAGCAGAA